AUGUCCGCAGAGCGUGUGCUGUCUGCAACAGAGAUUCCGGAUUUUGUGCAGGAGGCCGAGGUAGAGGCAGCCGAGACGUACCCGGACGGGGCGGGAGCAUGCUCCCAUCCAGAGGGCUAUGUCCGCCAAGGCUUCCGAUGCGACUGUGGCACGCCGGCCAUGGGCGGCUCAAAGUGCUACGCCUCGGCUGAUGCGCCUGGUGAGGCCAUCGAGCGGGCAAGCAACCCGUUCAAUCGAUACAACGACAACUUUCGGGAAGUGUACUGCUCUUGCAAGAAGCAGUACGAUCCGCAGGCUGAGGAGGACAUGCUCCAGUGUCCGUUCUGUGAGGACUGGUUCCAUCUCUCCUGUCUACUGCUCAGCUGGCCAGAAGCCAUUCCCAAACCCGAUCUCUCACAGCAAUUUGCCCGCAUCGCCUGUGCUGCAUGCACCUCCGAGUACUACCCGCGCUUCCUCGGCUUUGUUGCCCCGGUUCCCGGCCUGCCUACUCCCAAGCGCGUCGCUAGCGACGACAUCGGCCCGUCGGCCAAAAAGGCCAAGACGUCGACCAUCACCUCUCUGGCCACCGGUGCCUCUAGUGGCAAUGGCAAUGGUGAUGAGAGCUCCAGCGUGACGUGCAAGUACGCCGGGACCAAGAUCGAGCCGCCGCCGCACGGCCUGUGCACCUGCCGCUCCUGUGUCGAGUUCUACGCAAGCUCGCCCGCCACCGACUUUUUGCUCAAGGAGAGCGAGGACCAAAGCCCGCUCGAGCCCGAGUCGGACCACCUCGUGCAAAUGGAUGUGACGUCAAUGAUGAGGAAUGCCCUCCGCAAGUUUACUGAGACCCUCAUGCCAGGUCAGGACGCUGCGCUCACUGUCGCGAUCCAGGCCUUUUCCGAGGCCAUCCGCAACGCCUUGGCUCCGUUCGCCGACUCUCAGCAGAUCAUCACCGAACAGCAGAUGCGUACAAUCACCGCAGAGGCUGCUUCCGCCGCCCAGGUGGCGCUCGCCGGCUUCCUUAGUUGA